AUGGGGUGGUGGACUACGAAGUCAUCGCCUCAGGUGGCUGAACCCUCCGGUGCAGGAAACAUUGCAGGGAAUGAUGACCAGUUCCAAAGGUCUCUUGAUGUACCUGACGAGGAGCCAGAUCCUACGCAGAAUCGCAUCAUUGUACCAUUCAGCACGCUUCUUGUUGUUUCCGCGAUGAGUCUUGGCUUUGCGUCUGGUAUGAUGAAUGGUGCGCGACACACAGCCCUUGUAUAUUUGGCUGAAAAUGCACACAAGCGUCCUACGACGGUACAAGGUUGGUACUUUUACAACAAAACCAAGUAUUACCGCAUGAUUCUGGGUGGAUUUCGCCAUGGAGGAAGCACGAGUCUUCGCUUAGCCGGCUGGGUUGCUGGCUGGUCCUUGCUGGACGUUCUUGCUGAGGAUGCACGUUCUUAUUUGGCAGCGCGCAGCGAUGGAUCGUUCGCGAAUUCGUUCGAGUCACGGGUCCUGCAAAAACUGGGUCAUUGGUCAGAUGGGGCAUUGGCCGGCUUUUUAACAGGCCUAGUCGGAGCUAUUUCAUGUACGUCGUGA